GUCAUCGCAGUCGUACCGGGCAUGUACAAGGUACUCAUCGGCCACGGUGCUUCCCAUGGAGGAAACCGGCCAGAUGCCUGGCUGCUCAGAUGUGGAAUAUGCCCAGCUCACUGCAGCGGUGCUAUCUGUUUUUGGGUUCUUGACCGGUCUGAGCUGGAGCUGAUGGAGAGAACUCCAUGUUGGGUAAGGCCUUUGACCUCUGAGAUGACAGCCAAUGUUUUUCGCAUUGAUGGAAGUGUACCACCCCUGUAACGGCUUCUCUAGGUAGUUUCCCGGGGUGACCUCACUUUUCCUUCCUCCAUUUCUUUGCACAGCCGAACCAGCAGUUUCGUCUUUACAAUAUAUCUUUCCUGGGGCCCUCGACCUUACCUUCACUUAUCUUCGGCCCGUUCAUCCGACCAACCAGAUAAGCGAGGCCACAUCCCCAUCUGCUCGCUACCAAUCCCACCUACAUCUUGGGGGAUCUGUUCGGCAACACUUCAUAUACGUUGUCUCAGGUGCCGCUUGGACACCUAACGGCCCACAAUGUCGGUCUUCUCUUUGAUCAAACGAAGCCGGCAAGCAGCAAAGGAACAGAACGCAAAGAAUGCCCAAAAGGACAAGGAAGAGGCCAAGGUCCCAUACAAACACAUACCCAGGCAUGCCGCCCUCGAUGCUCUCAUGGGUGGUCCAACAGGCUGGAAGGAGGCCGAUCGACUGAGAAUCAUGGAGGAGAACCGAAGGAGGAGUAUCAUGACAGCAAACGGCAUGGGUAUGCCGAGCGGACUUUCAACUCCAGUCCACGCCGGUGUCUUUACGCGCGCCAACAGCAGCCUCACGCACGUUUCAUACAACAACCCCAGCGGCUACGCCACACCCGUCCCUCCAAUUCCCCGAGCAUACAGCUACCACGGCUCGGUCCCGGGGUGGAGCCAUCAUGGCGGUGAAGUCAGCUAUCUCUCGAUCGAUAUGGCUGGAGCUGCCAGCAGUGGAACAUCGAUCAAGGGAAAAGAAAAGGAACUUCGGCGCCCCAGGCUCGAAUCCGGCCGUGCCAGCUGGUCUUCAAGCAGGCUUGCAGCAACUGGUGGACGAAUUCACUUUGAGGGGGGAUCUGGCUCAGCCCCUCGAACCAGGGACGGCUCGAGUUCCCCCGUCCAGAGCUCAAGCAACUCCAGCAGCUCAGAAGACGAUUUGGAGAUCACUCCCGUAAAGAAAUUUACCAGCGCGGUGACAACCUCAAGUCCACUCGCGGGAGUACCCAGCCGGCCGACAAGCGACGCCGACUCUGUUCACCGUCUUCAUCCCGGUCAUGCCCGAAAAGUGUCAAACUCAUCAUACAAACAAGCCGGACAGUCCUCAUCGCCCAGUCAGUCAUCCCCACAGAGUAGUCCGACCAAAUUAGGAGGAGGUUUAACCAGCAGCAGCGCUUCACUGAGUGCCGCCGGCAUCCCACCCGUUCCAGCAAUCCCUCCCAUGCAAUUUGGCGGAACCCUCGCUCUUCCCACAGCUCCCCCUUCGCACAAGAGUUCGCACCCCAUUGCACCGUCCGUAGUGGUAGAAGAAGAUGGCCCAGACCUCUCAGAAGACAACAGCUUGCAAAUCUCUGCCGGCACCGGCGCCGUUACUCUCCCCAUUGGCACCGCCGUGUCAACGGUUCACACAGCAAACACUACCGCCGUGCCCGCCGAGCUGGAACCGAUGCAAUCCAACGUCGUCUUUAACAUCAGCGACAACAGUAAAACCCCGUACAGGACGUACUCCAGCCAAAAGGAACGAUCGGCCGUCGCUGUUAGCGCUCUACCCACCUCGUUUGACGAAGCGAGCUUGGCGAUUCCCCAGCAAUUGGUGGCGCUUCCUCAGCACCAGACAACUGGGAAGUUGGGGAAACGGCCAAAGAAGAUUUCCAAGGAGGAAGGGGAAGAAAGGGGAACCAAGGUGCCGAAGAAGAGUCGAUGGAGCUUUAUGAGUAACAGGAGGACGGCUGUUGCGGUAUGACAGCAUACGUACCUAUGAUUCUUUAUGCUUUAGUGUGUGUAUCAGGAAGAAAACGGUUCUCCAGGAAGUUGAACUCAUUUCGGAAUUAGUGUUUACAGCGGUUUCUCUACCUUUUCCUUUGUCUCUUACGAGGCCACGGUGGCGGCAUUUUGAAAAAUGGUUUUGUUUUACUUAGUUAAUUCUUUUUAUAUCGUCGUGUCUCUUUUGUGGAUGAUGUGUACCUCUAGGUUCUCUUGGGCUUGAAAGAUGAUAUUUGAGAUCAAGAGUAUCAUCAGCAUAUGCGAACACCUGCUAGAAAACCUUGACGAUUGAUUCUGGAGAAGAUGGAAAUACCACCACUGUUUUGCGAUCCUUGUUAUCGGAGAAAAUUACUUUCUGAC